AUGCACUUGAGCUCGUGGACAGUUGUCGUCAGUCGGCAUCUAAGCAACCCGGACCGCAGGAGCCAAACAGCAGCCUCGUGCUCUGAUAGCACCGAUGUUCAGAGAAGGAGAGGAAGAGAGGGACUCAAAUGUCAUCACUGUCAGCACUGUGACAAAUCCUUCACAAAAUCUGGAAAUUUGAAGAUUCAUCAGAGAGUUCACACUGGAGAGAAACCGUACAGCUGUGACCAGUGUGGAAAAGCUUUCACUACAUCAGGUGACCUAAAAAUCCACCAACGUGUUCACACUGGAGAGAAACCGUACAGCUGUAACCAGUGUGGGAAAACGUUCACUCAAUCAGGUGACCUAAAAAAGCACCAACGUGUUCACACUGGAGAGAAACCAUACUGCUGUGAACAGUGUGGGAAAACUUUCACUCAAUCCAGCCAGCUAAAAACCCACGAACGAGUUCACACUGGCGAGAAACUGUACAGCUGUGACCAGUGUGGGAAAACGUUCAUUACUGCAGGUCAACUAAAAAUUCACCAACGUGUUCACACUGGAGAAAAACCAUACCGGUGUGAACAGUGUGGAAAAACCUUUGCUCUAUCAGGUACCCUAAAAAUCCACCAACGUGUUCACACUGGAGAGAAACCGUACUGGUGUGAACAGUGUGGGAAAACCUUCACUCGAUCAGGUACCCUAGAAAAGCACCAACGUGUUCACACUGGAGAGAAACCGUACUGCUGUGAACAGUGUGGGAAAGCUUUCACUACACCAGGUUACCUAAAAAUCCACCAACGUGUUCACACGGGAGAGAAACCGUACUGGUGUGACCAGUGUGGAAAAGCUUUCACUCAAUCAAAUAACCUAAAACUCCACCAACGUGUUCACACUGGAGAGAAACUGCACAGCUGUGAACAGUGUGGGAAAACUUUCAGGACAUCAUGGGAAGUACUAAUCCACCAACGUGUUCACACUGGAGCGACGCCGUACUGGUGUGAACAGUGUGGGAAAACUUUCAAGACAUCAGGUGCCCUAAAAACCCACCAACGUGUUCACACUGGAGAAAAACCGUAUUGGUGUGAACAGUGUGGGAAAACUUUUGCUCAAUCAGGUGCCCUAAAAAAGCACCAACGUGUUCACACUGGAGAGAAACCGUACAGGUGUGAACAGUGUGGGAAAACUUUCACUAUGUCAGGUAACCUAAAAAAGCACCAAUGUGUUCACACUGGAGAGAAACCGUACUGCUGUGAACAGUGUGGGAAAACUUUCACUACACCAGGUUACCUAAAAAUCCACCACCGUGUUCACACGGGAGAGAAACCGUACUGGUGUGACCAGUGUGGAAAAGCUUUCACUCAAUCAAAUAACCUAAAACUCCACCAACGUGUUCACACU